AUGGCUCUGGUGGACGGCCUGCACGACGACGGACGCCUCCUGUCGGAGAAGUGGGAGGAGAUCGAGAUCAAGGUGGCCGAUAUGAUAGCUGAAAGGUUAUCAGCCGUGCCAAAUGGUCCGAUCCCCUCCUUCGAAUCGUCGGACAUGGUCAGGGGGCACCGGGUGAUCAAGUGCGAUGACUCGUUCUCAGGGUUCUUCCUGGCGGAAUGCAUAGCCAAAAUUGGAAAUUCAUGGGACGGCCUUAGUAUUAGGCUCGUCCACGCCAGGGAGAUUCCAAGGAGGCCGCGGGCUCGCAUUUGGUUGCCAAAGGAGCAGACUGACCAAGGAAAAGUGCUGUCGCUGCUGAGGGCUCUGAACCCUGAAGUGCACACAGAGGACUGGGCGAUACUCGAAGUAGAGAAGGAGAUGACAACGAGCCAGCCGUUCCUCUUCCUCAGCUUGAGAAGGCAGACUACACCAUCCGGUACGGCCUACGGAAGGCCAUGA